CUGGUGGAGAUCUAGUUACUAUCGCAGUGGUUCGUUUUUGGCGAUAAAGAUCUAGUACGGAACUAGAAAUUGAGUUCACUAGUUCCGGGUUUCCCAGCAGCGAAGAGUGUAUAUAUUACGAAGAAGAGACAGACAACGCGAUAAACACAAAGGCACUCCGCCGUCAGUAGCACAAACAAGCCAACACAUCGCAACCAAUUAGCGGGAGCUAGUAACUUUUCUGUGCCGCGAAGUGAAGUGAAAAACUGAAGACAUUUAUUCAAUUUAAUGUAAUUUUUGUAAUUUAUGAAAGCGAAAUGAUUUCUAAUGCGGGAUAAUGAGGCGAAAAACAAUUUAAGUUCGGUCGAUGCGCCCCGAAACCCCGCGAUAACUUUUUGAACAUCAAUACAAUCAUAUAUAAUAUAUAUAUACAAGUGUACUAACAUAAAUGAAAUUGGUAAGAAGAACGAAAAAAUACCAAUAAAAUGUCCGCAACAGCGGGAUUAUUAGUGGCCGCCAUCUCCAAAAUCUCUCCAACGCGAGACGCCACUUUGCCGACGCCACAGCAGAAACGUUCCAGCAUCAUCACUUCUGAUCCUAGCAGAGCACAGGUGAACGGCAUCACAGAGCUCAGCUGUCGUAUCAGUCGCAGCAGCUCUCAACAGAAUCUCGAAACAGAUAGUGGAAAGAGUUCGUGUAGCCCUGGGUUACUCGACUACAGCUACGAAAACGGUACAGGUGAGGGCGAUAACGGUGCUGCUCAUAGCGGCGCUAACACAAGAGGCGGAUUAGCUGAAGGCACUUUGAGAGAGAAGCGAUUGUGUGCAACGAAUUCUAACAGUGAAGCCGCCGCUUCCGACAGCAUGAGUACCAUUAGCUCCAUUGGUAUCGGCACUGGAAUUAGUUGCAACGCAGAAGAAGAAAUGCGUCAAAAACUGCGAUUCGAUCGCCUGCACAAAUUCCGCCUGAUUCUGCUAUCAUUAGAUCGACAGAGAGAUCCACAUCGACUGUUGCGAGAGCGUCUCAG